AUGGCUGUCUCGCCGUCUGCUACGCCGAAUCUGAGCUGCUCCCUGUGCUGGCCUACCAGCAGCGGCAAGCUCUAUCUCAGCCGGGAGCAUGGCGACUCUGUCGUCUUUGGUGCAAGCUCACAGGAGCAGAUCGAGCAGACCCUGAGUUCUAUCGCCAAGGGUGGCCCCAGCACCAAGGCCAAAGCUGUCAUCAAAGCGUUUUGGACAACGAUCAAAAGCGGGGCUCGCUGGAACAACACUGACGAACUCUGGGAAUUUGACGCUUGA